AAAAAAUUUUAAAUUUUCAAAUCCAACUGAUUUUAAAGUGAUUAUAUUUUAGGAAAACGAUAUUGAAAAAAAAUCAAAAUGGGUUCGAAUCAUAUUUCGGAUAUACUAGUCUCGCAUGAAUAUAUGACUAUGGAACAACAACACCAAAUGCAUCAACAUCAAAUCAACCCUAUAAUGAAUCCUGAGAAUCCAAGAUCACCUAUUGAUUUACAGGAGGGAUCAUCACGACCAGUACGACGAGCCAGCCAGAGGACUACACAGUUAAGCAAUAAUAAUUAUGAGAUGGAAAUGACAGAUUCAAGUUCACAGAGCGACGAUACAAGCGGCGGCGGCGGCAGCAGCAACGGUGGUAGUGCACGCCCAUCCAGCCGCGCUAGGAAUUCCUUAACGGGCACCACACAAAGCCGGCGCAGGAAAGGCGUUCUCAAUGCAAAGGAGCGUAAUCUGCGGCGAUUGGAGUCAAAUGAGCGCGAACGCAUGAGAAUGCACAGCUUAAAUGACGCUUUUCAGUCGUUGCGUGAAGUUAUUCCACAUGUGGAAAUGGAGCGUCGCCUAUCUAAAAUUGAGACUUUAACUCUAGCGAAAAACUACAUAAUAAAUUUAACGCAUAUAAUUCUCUCGAAACGCAAUGAAGAGUCGUCGUUGGAUUUGAAUGGUGUAAUAUUGAAUGGCGCCACUACCGAUCUAACCGGCAAUGGCGGUAUUGGCGGAGUUGGUGAUGUUGGACUCGGCGUUGGUGUUGGCGUUGGCAUUUUAAAUCUAAAUGCUGGCGGUGGCGGCAAUAGCUCUGGGCCUGGCCCUGGACCUGGGCCUGGGCCCUGUUAUGAUGACGUUCUAACAAAUGGCACAAAUUCGUACGAUUGCGCCUUGGCUGCGGCAGAUGUGGUGAAUCAGCAACCUCGUCUAACCACCGCCACCACAACCAUACAAAUACAGAAUCAAAGUCUCAGCCAUAUGCAGCCACAAUUGUCGCAACAUCUAAUGCAAGCGAAUCACAAUCAAUUGAUGUUACAACAACCGACAACAACUACAUUAUUACUCAACAAUGGUUUUGAUGCGAGUGAUAACAAUAAUAGUUAUGAUGAACCUUUUCGAGAAUUUAUAUAA